CAUGAAGAGAGAAGAAGAAAAAGUUUUAACGGGAUCUCACGACGAAGACUAUAUGAGAGUUGCAACAUGAUGCCAGAACACCAAUAUAUACACAGCCUGGUGCCUCUGUUUCCACACUGAGGAUUGGGAAGACAGGUCGGGUUAUUAUAAGUAGCCAAUAUACACAACACAAUGCUUACAGCCGUAGCACAGGAUAGGAUCGUACGGCAGACAGAGUAGGAAAGUAGGCCAUAGAGUCUAUAAACUACUAUAAAAAAAAAAUUACUAAUAAUUCGUCAUAGAUCGUCCAUCCAAAAAAAAUUUGUCGUCAUUUUUGGCCCUGCUUACGUCAUUGCUUGUUCUCUCGGUUUGCCCACUCCCGAGAAAAGUACACUGCCAGUGUUUCCUUUUAUCUUUCCUUUCACAUAUCAAUUGCCUUGUGCUUUUACUUGUUACACAACGAAGAGAAAGCAUGGGACUUUUUAACUCCAUUCACUCAUCUUUCUUAUCACACUACCUUGUUUUCUUUAUAAAUAGGCUUGAGAGUAAGGGGCUUUGUCUGAAAAAUGUUUCUGAGAGCCCCUGACAUGAACAAAAGUUGGAACAGAGAGAAUCCAGAUGUUUUGAUUGCGAUGAUUGCAGAGAAGCAGAUAAUAGGAGGUGGCAAUGGAGGACAAAAGACAUGAGAGAGAGAGAGAGAGAGAGAGAGAGAUGGGCCCAGUAAAGCCUGCAACAGAAAUGAGUGACGCUGCACCACAGGGCGAUGUGUUUUCUCCUUCCCCCCACUCUCCCUCCUUUCUUGUUUCUUUCUUUUAUUAUUACUUCUUUUGUGGCCCUUGUUCGUCUCGUUCUCUCUGUCCCUAUUGAUAGCUCCUUUUCUCUGUUUUCCCCUGUCCAUUCAAUUGAACAAGUAAACACCCUUCUUCCCAUUAAAUUUGGAAUACUCUAUUUGUUGCAAGAUCAGUACAUGCUCUGGGUUUAAUGGGGUCUGAAAAUAAGAGUCUCGUUUUUUGGGUCCUGGGUUCUUGAAGGAAAUGAAAAGUUUCUUUCAUGUAAAGAAAUCAGCGCACUUAUGGUUCUCGCUAGAUAGCUCCAUAUAUUGGCAAUCAGCUGUGAAAUAUUUGGUAGACUUUGGUUUGCCAGGAUUAAGGCAAGGUAGGCUGUGAACUUGGGCUCACGUGCAUCGUUGUGACCGCACGCUGCUUCCUCUUGCUGACAUUUGUCUCAGCCCAAUCCUUCAUCAAUUUUUCAUCUUUCAUAUUUCAUUGUAGUUCCAACUUCGAACUUUGAAAGGAUGCUCUAUUGAUUUAGGACGCUGAAGAGUCAUGUACUCGUAUAUCUCAUUUUAUGGCUAGCAUUGGCACGGCUUGGUAUAUAUAACUAUAUUAAGCAUGCAUUUUCUUAAAGAGAGCGAAGAGAACACUCCUUAGAAUUCAAACAGAGUGAUACUGCAGUGCUUUCAUUUCAUUGCUAUGUCGAUGGAGAAUGAUAUGUUUGGUGCUCCAAUGGACAUGGCUGGCCGUAGCGGCACUGUCAUAGAUGAAAUUCCACAAACACCUAAUCCAGUCUUUCAGGGCUAUUCAUUUUACCAUAAUGACCAAACCCGAAUCAUGAAUGGAAUUUCAAUGCUUGCUGGAGUCCAAGGUGAACUCAUAAGUAUUGUCCAUUCGGAUGCUCCUAUAAUGAAUCCUGCCUGCAUUGCUCAUCCUAAUUCCUUUGUUCCAUCGCAAGGAAAGAACAUUGUAGGAGAUACCCCACUUGGAAACCCAUCUCCCCGAAACAACAGUCAGUUUCAAGAUCAUUCAGCUGGAGCCACUAUCUCUCCUGCUUCACUUGCUGCCAUUCUUGCUGCAAGAUUUGGACUUCAAGAAAACUUAGAGAAAUCAGCGGCUUUGUCUCCUUCAGUCUUUUCAUUGGAGGCACUGGCACCAUAUAUGUUAAACAGUUGGCAGGAUAAUUCAAAUACUUCGCUUCCAACUUUUGGAGAUCGUCGGUAUGAUGAAGUACCUGGUACCAGGUUCCAGACUUAUUCGUCCGCAGCAAGCCUGGAUCCAAAUGGAUGGACGUCAUCAAAUGUUGCAAACUUGGCCUGUCAUGCUUAUGAAUUCCCUAAUUUCAGGAAUGAGCUUUCAUUGAGUCUAGCAUCAUCUCCUCCCCCUGGUCAGCGGUCGGAGGUGAGUUCUGAUAGCUUCGAACUAGCCUCCUGUAGCGAUGGGGGGGUUUCUAGGAGUUUAUGUUCCAAUAGACGUGUGAAUUUUUCACAAGCAAUAUUGGGGUCCAGAUAUCUUAGUGGGAUUCAAGAAAUACUUGCUCAAAUUGCAAGGUAUUCACUUGAAAAUGUAGAGCAGACAAAUUGUUCAGCUGCUUGUAGUAGAGCCAGAGCAGGAGGGAAUGCGUCAAGCUCAGCUCCUCCAUCCAGGAGAAUGACAGCGACAAAUAAUCCCCAUGCAGAUUCUAUGUUUGAAGCUCAAGUGAAUUCUUCAUUGGCAAGGCACGAUGCUGCUGAAUCAAAGAAAUCCCAGCUUCUGACACUUCUACAACUGGUGGACAGUCGGUAUAAUCAGUGUUUGGAUGAGAUACAUACUGUUGUAUCCGCAUUUCAUGCUGCUACAGAGUUGGACCCUCAAGUUCAUGCUCGUUUUGCCCUUCAAACAAUCUCUACGUUGUACAAGGAUAUGCGUGACAGGAUAAGCAAUUAUAUUCUUGCUAUGGGAGAAAAAUUUAACAACUUACACUCUGAAGAAGAGAAGGAAAGGUCUACAGAAGCUUUGUUCAUCGAAAAGCAUUGGGCUCUGCAGCAAUUGAAAAGAAAAGAGCAUCAGUUAUGGAGACCCCAAAGGGGCUUGCCUGAACGAUCUGUCUCAGUUCUACGGGCUUGGAUGUUUCAGAACUUCCUUCAUCCGUAUCCUAAAGAUGCAGAGAAGCAAUUACUUGCAGUGAAAAGUGGAUUGACUAGAAGUCAGGUAUCCAAUUGGUUCAUUAAUGCUCGUGUAAGGCUAUGGAAACCCUUGAUCGAGGAAAUGUACACUGAAAUGAACAAAAGAAAGACUCUUCGAAGUGAAGAAGGCGCGCAGAACAGCCAUAGAAGCAGCAGGAUAAGCUUGAGCAAUCAAAGAUUUACUAUCAAUUGAAAGUAAAGAAAGUGGCGUAACAACAUGAAGAAACUAAAAGCUAGAAAGUAUCUUUUUGAUUCCCGGAGCUGUGCAUAAUGCUGUGUGUGGUUGGAUGCCAGGGUGGAAUGGAGUUUCCUUUUUGAAAAGUAGGCUUCCACUAAUGGAGUUAUGGAGGUCCAAGACUUGUACCAAAACACAAUAGAAUAUCAGUAAAGAACACUAUUACAUCCAUGUUGCUUAGUUUGGAUUAA